AUGUUCAUGUUGCCUGAAAGCAACACUGGUCCUCAAAGGGUUAAAAAUGGUCAAAAAUCGCUUGACGUAUUAUGUAUUUGGCCCCUUACAAAAAACUCUAAUUUAAAGAUUGGUAUGUUUUUGGGCCCUGCGUGUGUAGCCGUAUCAUUAAUUUCCGACGGUAGUGUACAUGAAAAAUUUUUUUUUACUAGAAACGUCAUGAAAGACCGGAGACUUAUAAGGAAUACCUUCAACAUGGAUCACAAACGGAUAUUCCGAAAUCAACAUGGUACCGCUAUCAACAAAAACUUAAGAAGCAAGUACAAGAAGUGAACCAAUCACCGUCUAAUGUAGUGGAGUCCAUGGAUAUUAAUGAUGAGAAUAAUUCACAAGUUCAAAAUUCUCAGCAAGAAUCGAAUAGACUUGAAAUGGAGUAUAAUACUAGUGGAGUUUUACCAACUGAAGAUCACGAUAUUGGACUUCUUCCGAAUGUUGAAGAAGAACUAAUUGACGUUUUUCAAUAUGAAGAAAAUGACUUAAAUAGUCCAGCUAUGACAUUAGAUCCAAACUCCAUUUUAACGCAAGAAUUAAUACAAAACAUUUAUUCUGUGAUGGAAGAAUUGAAUGAGGAUAUUGAAGAUGAUUCAGACAAUGAAAUUCCUAAUAAUCAACUCACUGAGGAUCCAGAAGAGGACGACAAUUUCUUGGUUGAUUACGAAGAAUCUAGCAAUGUUAAUGAAGACUACGUUCAGUCUACCGGAAAGUAUAAAACAUUGGAAGAGAUGACAUCAUCUCCUGAAUUUCAUGCUCCAGUAAAUACACCUGUAAAAGCUACAGUAGGUGAAAUAGUGAUAAUGAUAGUUAGAUAUGCUCUUCUUAAUGCUCUGUCAUUAACUGCUAUUUAUGAAUUAUUUUGUCUUAUUAAUUGUAUUUUUUGACACCUAUACUGCCAAAUACUAAAUAUUUUAUUGAUAAAUUAUUUUAUCCAAAGAACUUGUCAACUUUUCAUGCAAUCUGUAAAAGUUGUAAUGGAUACGCAGGCACAUUUAAACCUAACAAAGAUCGCACUAUUAGAUGUCAAUUGUGUAAUGCGUCAGUUAAUGUUAAAAAAUGUGACGUUAAAGAUUUUUUUAUAACAAUGGAUCCCACAACGCCUAUAAAAGAAUUAAUUGAGAGCAAUGCAAAUUAUUUUGAUUAUGUUACUAAUAAGAGAUCUCAUAAAAGGGGUUUGGUUAGUGAUAUUUACGAUGGUAAGGAAUAUCGUCAAUUUGUAAAAUCAUUAGAUGAAGUCGAUAAGAGUCAAUAUGCAACUGUAACGUUUAACAUUGAAUUCAAUUUAAAUUUUGUUCAAUUUAUUUUCUAUUAUAUAUUUUUCCCA